CAAUCAAGUACGAUCGAAAACAAAAAAAUUUAUAUCAAAGGCCAAAAGAAACAACUUCGAAAGCUGGAAAGUGAGAAGUGAAAAAUUGUCAUUACGAGUCAUUAAGCAUUCUUCGAAUAUACUUUGUAAGUUUUGUUGCUUUUCCCAAAAAUGCCGCAGAUACUAAGCCAAGAUAUUUUAUGGGAUUGCAUCGUUGUUGGAGCGGGAAUUGAGGGAAGUAAUGCCGCUAGAUGUGCUGCAUCAUUUGGUAAAAAGACCUUGUGUUUGGAACAGUUUCCAAUUCCCCACAAAAGAGGUAGCUCACAUGGUCAAUCUAGAAUUACGAGACAUUCAUAUGAGGAGAAAUGCUAUGCAGACAUGAUGCCAGAUGCGUUUUCUUUAUGGGGAGAAAUUGAGCAACUGGCCAACGAAAAACUUUUCAUCAACUGUGGUUGUAUGAUGCUGGAUUCUCCUCCUUACGAACUCAUGAACGCAGUUCAAAAUAAUCUGGAAGCAAAUGGCAUUAGAGCUGAACAUAUCAACAAUAUUGCAUUAAAAGAAAGUUUUCAUUUAAAUUAUCCUGACAAUGUGAAAGGUUUAUUGGAACAGACUGGUGGAAUUUUAUUGGCUAAUAAAUGUCUUGCAGCUGUUCAGAAACAGUUUGUGAAAUUUGGAGGUUUCUUAAAAGACAGCGAAAAAGUUAUUGAAAUCAUUCCAGGAGAUAUCGUGAGUGUGAGAACUGACAAAGGAUUGUACAGAACAAGAACACUGAUAUUGACACCAGGACCAUGGGCUGGACCACUUCUGAAAUCAUUGGGUGUUGAUAUUCCUCUGACGACAUUGCGAACCCUCAACCUUUACUGGAAAGUCAAGCAUUCAGAUUUUAAUGCACUGGAGAAUUAUCCUUGUUUUGUUGAUCUCACCUCGAAAAAUAACAUUAUUUACGCUCUACCAUGUUACGAGUAUCCUGGUUUGAUAAAGGUAUGUUUUCAUCAUGGUCCGGCAAUAGAUCCAGACGCACGUGAUGACGUAGACGACACGUGGGUAAUUAACCUUGUCGCGGAGUUUGUGAGGAAUCACAUGAUUGGCGUGGAGAGCAAACCUAGCAUUGUGGAACCUUGUAUUUACACUGUAUCACCCGACAAGGACUGUAUUUUAGAUAAACAUCCGAAUUUUCCAAACAUUGUCUUUGGUGUUGGAUUUUCAGGAUCUGGUUUUAAGAUAUCACCUGUAGUAGGAAAGAUUUUGUUCCAGUUGGCAUUCGGCUUGCAACCAACGUACGACAUGGAGCAUUUCAAACUCUCACGUUUUCAGAAGCCUUCAUUAAAGUCAUCUUUGUAAUGUUUAUGUCCUUCAUCUAUGCUGCAUCUAUGCCUCUAUGCUUUAGGUUGGGCAACAUUGAAUAAAGAAGAUAUACUUGCGCUGAUUAAAUAAUAAGCUCCUGAGUCUUAAGAACUAUUUUAAUGAAUCAUUUUCAAUUCAAAUACAGCAAAUAAGAGUA